GGUCGGGUUCCUGCCUGCGCUGCGCCUCUUGCCCUGGCUUGAACACCUCCAUCUUCUUGCACCUUUCUCCAUUCAUACCACUCCGAUCUCACACACACUCCUUCCUGUUCCUCCUCCUCCUCCUCCGCCCUCAUUGCCAUCUCUCUCCCACACACCUCACGGCCUUAGACAAGCCCUUGGCUCCUGAUUGAAGAAAGAUCCUGAGUUGGUCUUUCUUCCAGGUUGCUGUCCACUCCUUCAACACCUCGCCUCAAUCAUUCAGUCACCCCUUCCGAUCCAGCCGAUCUCAACUCGUCACAGUUGCGUUCAUAAGACUUACCCAUAGAAUUUGUACCAGUCAUUCCUUACCACGACAUUGCAGCGCAAUCUCACCUCCUCAAUCUGUAAUGGUGGCAGUUGUCCAUCCGCCAAGGGCCGCAUCAACAAAUCAACCAGGUGCAGGAACACCUCUCUCAAUAAUACCGAAUGUACCUGCCUGCUGGCCAGAAAAAGCACCAAUACUUAAUUGUCGGGUGGCUGCUUGAUUGAACUAUGACUUCGAUUUCGUUGCCUGCUGCAGCACCAGCGCCGUCUCCCUUCGAUUCCGCCCCAAACAGUCCAACUCGGUCUCCUCCAACUCAUAGACGACGGCCUUCGCGCAAUCCGAAUGCUGCACCUCUGCCAAUCUUUUCCUUCAAUCCCGGUGCAGACGAGAAUUCCGUAAAAGCAGGGGGAAUGGGUCAGGGACAUCAGCCUGCGAACACCAUGGCUGCAGAAGUCGGCCGUCGAUCUACAAGACUUACACUACCCGAAUUCAAGUUCAAUCCUGGCGCCGAUCUACCUGCCGACAAGACACCAAGUCCUACACAUCCAGUCCUGCAAGAAAUGGUUAUGAAUCAGCAGCGCGCUGUUCGAUCUGCGAGGCCUGCUCCGUUGCCUGCCUUCACCUUCAACCCCAGCGCACAAACAGCACAAGCGUCACCGAGCCCGACAAAAUCGGAAUUUGCUGAUGUCCAGCUUCCACCUCCUCGCUCGGGUCAUCGAAGAGGAGUGAGUGAGUUUGUGGGUGGCGGGAAUAGCGGGCCUCAACUUGUCAGCAUCAGCCCAGAGAAGCCGGAGUACCGACCACAUCCUCCAGUCAGUGCAGCGUCUAGGGGACAUGUACACCGCCGAUCCCAAGCUGUUUCCAUCUCAGACAUUGACACGUCCGAGCUCAUCAAGGCCAACGCUUUGUCCAAGGCACGGGCUGGUUCUACACCAACCACCCCGUCAGAUGGCGCACUGGCCUUUUCGUAUCCUCGUGCCAGCCCUCAGAUACGGCAGUCAAUGUCAAACAUUGUCAGAACUCCACCAUCUUCUCCACGACGAAGAGGCAGCGCACCAGGAAUACGGCCUCGGGUGGGAUUUUCCGACAGAGUCGAUGUCAUUCCCAGACCGCUGUCCUUGAUAUCGUCCGAAACCGAGGGGAGCAAUUCAACUAUUCGUGGAGGCCAUUCUCUUUCUGGCAGCAUCAAUUCGAUCGCAAGUCCCAACCCUCAGCCUGCACUAGUUGUCACUGCAAGUGACAUGUCAAGUUCACCAGAGCGACCGCAGACUGCUGACGCCCUUUCCACUUUGUCACCUGGCAUGGCUUCUGUAAACAAGCCGGUUUCGUUAAUCAACCUUCCAAAGCGGCCGCUCUCAGCUUCAGGAUCCCCGGGGACUCUCAGUUGCGGCAGUCCUCCGAGCAAGAAGAAGUAUUUCUGGUUCAGUCAGCCUAGCACCGGCUCGCCUUCGAGUACUCCCCGUGUUGAACAGAGUGAUCCAAUGGGCGUUUUCACGUCUGAAGCCACUCCUCAACCAUCCAUGUUGAGAGCUUUUGGCGAUCACACACGUCCUAAAACAUCUUCUGGUGAGCCCGGCCCUUUAUCGUCGAGAAAGCGAAAGUACCACACAUGGACUUCAGGGAUUUUCUCGCGACGAUCGGACAAACGUCCUAGCAAGGUCAGAGAACAGGAUAUUCCCCCUCCACCCGCUCUGGUCAGACGUCCAAGUGAUCGACUGAAUGACAUCUUUGAUGCCGAUGAUACAAUUGUGAUUCGCGGUCCUUCACCUGUGCCGACCGAAGUUCGUGCUUCAGUGCCAAAACUGGCUCCGAUCCAGACAAGCACAACCUCUCCACUGGCAGAACAAAUCACCAGUCCCGUACUCGACUUGGACGCAGCCUUAGGCCCAUUUGGAAGUGAAGAAAAGCUCAGCCCUGGCAGAACUGGACCAUCCGCAAGGAUGGCGAAACUUCACAGCACUGAACGAAGAGGCAAUGUGGAUGCUUUCGGGGCAGUUCAUAGGAGAACUGAGUCGGCGCCUAUUAUGCCAGCCGUCAAUCGAACCACCUUCAGCGUGCAUCGUAUGGGUAGCAACUCUUCCCUAACUGAGGACGUGUUUGAUGAAGAGGAAGAGGACAAUUUCCUGGCUGGAGAAAAUGUCAACUCAGACACCAUUCGGCGAUCGGCGGACAACCAGAGUGACCCCACGUCAGUCGAGCACGCCGAGAUACCGGAUACUGACAUGGAGGUUACUCCGACUACAUCAGCAAUGAAGCCAAACGAGGGUCUUGGUCUGUCCUUGGGCAAGAACUCUGACGAUGGUGUCAUCAUUGCAGAUCUGGAGGAAGACGUUGCUCGAGCCGAAGCAAGGUCUUCAAAUUCCACCAUCGAAGCGCCGGUCUUCCAGGACUCUCAAGCGCAGAAACUCUCAUCCUCGCCAAUGGCCUUUGCCUAUCCCGCGCCGCAGUCGCACUACGCUUCUUCCACAGAAGGUCGCACUACAUCAGCCUCGAUGAUCUCCUCUCCUGAUGCCGACCACAUUUCUUUCGAUGCCAUGGCUCGUCCGGGCCGCUUGCUAGGAGAACCAAGCCCAGACUUUUUACUGCGGGCCUCGAACGAUGACCUUCCAUCCCUCAGUGAUAGCCUCUCGACAGGCGCAUUACCGAGGUUUUCGAGCAGCGCUGGGACUCGUUCGUCGACCGAACAGCGCUCUCGAUCCAUGAUUGAUCCAUCGACCUCGAGAUCACACAACCAACAAGCGUGGAAACGAGCAAGUUUGGCCAGCCUGAAUCGCCUGAUACCUGGAUCAUCCAACGGCAGUAAGCUUAAAUUUGAGACUGUUCCGGAUGUGCCGGCCAGCGACGGAAAAGCUCGGAGGAAGACCAACAGAAUCAGCAAGUUGAUGCAGUUCUGGCGAACGAAAGAGCGUCCAGAGAAGUGAUUUUCUCAUGGGAAAGAUUGAUACCUAAGGAAUGGAAAUCCCCACUUACGGCUUUAUGAACGAGAGCUUGGAGUUUCGGGGCUCUGACGACUUGAAUGGCAUUUUGAUGCAAACACUUUUACGACAUAUUCAUGAUAAGGGAGGUUGUUGAUCGCCAGGACCUCAACCGAAAUACCCUUUGCUUCAUACUCGAGCCAAACCUUAACAAGUUGCCUUCGCGUGUUUCGACACAAGCAUCCGACUUCUACCGUAACCUUUUGAGGCUCAACACAUUCAUACCAGCAAUUGGAGCCUGGCUUGGUCAUUUCGAACACAGCUUCUUCCAUGCGAAAAGACCUUUUACCAAAGAAAAAAAAAACCAUCACUGUGUGAUACGGACCAUUUUACCUUUCACCGAACAUGAAGGAUUGAUUAUGUUCAUAUGGACGAGCCGAGCUAUGUUGAGCUGCAUUGAUGGAUGAGAUUGGUGAUUUGGAGGAAGGGAGGGACGAAAUGGAGACAUACAUAAGAUCGAGAAGCUGUCUUCAGCCGGUCUCGGAUCGGGGGUGGGAAAAUACUUGAGCAGUAUUUGUUUUGUCUAGAGUAGUAUCCCUGGUAGAUUUGCUCUCCGAUCCAGACAUCGAUCGAGCAAAUAGCCUAGCUGUAUGAAGACAUUCAUCACACAA